AUGGAUCGAAUCAAAACCUUUUUGGGUGACCUACUUCGACCGGCUGAAGCGCCUAGUUCAUUUGAUGCGCUUUUAGGAGAGGAUAGGGAUGAGAGAGAGGAAAUAGUGAGCAUUCCUCCAGAAGAUUCUUACAAUUUGGUUUACUGGAUCUUUGUUCUACAAGGAGCGGCCAUGUUGCUUCCAUGGAAUGUGUUUAUUACCGCUUCCACAUUUUUCGCCAGCCGCUUUGCUCAGACGCCAUAUGGAGAAACCUUCCAGAAUUACUUUAGCACCUAUUUCACGGUGUCGAAUCUCGCGUUCUUUGCCUAUGCUCUUUGGAAGCAAAAGAAGGCAAGUGCUAACGCAAGAGUAGUAUUGGCCGUACUUAUCAACACUGUUGCCUUCACGAUUAUUAUGGUCACUGUACCCAUGGCUGGAUUUUCAGGACUUUCUUAUUUUUAUUUCAUAAUGUUCUUAGUUGUCUUGACUGCGGCUACCACCAGCUUCUUUCAAAUUGGUGUCUUCGCCGCUGCAAGUCGUUUCCCACAUAAAUAUCUUCAAGGUGUCAUGAGUGGCCAAGCGCUGGCAGGAACAGCUGUGGCAUUGUCAUCCAUUUUGAGUGCGUUAGCGGCAUCACCAACGACCAAACCAGAUGAGGAAGCCAUCCGAAAAUCAGCUGUAUUAUAUUUUCUAUCAGCAUUACUCAUCACUGUGGUUGCGCUGGUUGGAUACCUGGUCCUACUCAGGCAACCAUUCUUUAUGUACUAUAUGGCAGACCGACCCACUGGAAACUCUUUGUUACGAGAUGAAGACAAUAACGACGAUGAUUCUGAUCCAGAAAUGGUCUUUCAACCAGACGUGGCUAUCGAUCUUACCAUCCUUGGUGUUCUCAAAAAAAUCAAAUGGCUCGCUUUCUCCGUCGCCUAUGUUUUCGUUGUGACUAUUGCCGUUUUUCCCUCCAUCACGGCUCUCGUCAAAUCCGUCCGUGCACAUCCACCGGACUCUUCUGUUGUUAACGUUCAACUACCAAGAGUGUUGCAGGACGACAUUUUUGUGGCAUUCCACUUUCUCAUUUUCAAUAUUUUCGACUGGGUGGGCAGAAUCUUUCCCCUCUCCUCUUUGCUCAGGACAAGCAAUCCCAAGCUACUUACGUUUUAUUCACUUCUGAGGACCACCUGCAUCCCAUUGUUCUUGUUUUGUAAUGUCGUGGCCGCUGACAAGACGUUACCGGUCCUUAUUAAUUCUGACUUUGUAUACUUUAUGCUACUGAUCCUGUUCUCACUGACAAACGGCUGGAUAGGCAGUCUGUGCAUGAUGGCUAUUCCGGAUUUGAGCAGCCUUGGAACACCAGAGGAAAAAUCUUUGGGAGGAAGCAUAAUGAGUUUCUGCCUUUGUGUUGGCCUGGCCAUCGGAGGAGUUUCAAGCUUUGUAGUUAGAUCAAUGGUUUAAAGUGAGUAGGAGAAAUUAAAAAAAGCUGCAUUAGAAAAAUAUCAACAUGAUGAAAACAAAGAAAGAAAUGG